AUGAGGUCCACGGUCUUAGGCACACUAGGACUCAUUCCCGUGUCUUUGGGAUCGGGCUAUUUCGAGACACCGUCAGGUGGCUAUCGUCCCUUCGAUCCCGGGUACACUAUUGGCGCCUAUCCUCAAGACUUCACACUCGUGGGGCCGCCACUGGAACCUGUCCACGACUCUCAAAAACCUUCCACUGGCCUAGCUGUCGACUCCUCUCGCAACCUAUACUUGACAUAUCCUCGCAACUUUGAGCAAACACCAAGUAACGUGGUGCUUUGUACAUCCUACAACGACGAAGUAGCAUGGCCCAACGCAAGUAUGCAGAACUGCACUGCUGGUCAGGACCCGAGAACCUGCUUCAUCAACGUUCAGAACAUCGUUCUAGACGAUCGAGGGAGGCUGUGGGUGGUAGAUAGCGGGAUUCCAUUCAACGCUAGCCCAGACACCAACGCGCUGUUCGGAGGCGCGAAGCUCAUGAGCUUCAACGAGACGACGGCAGAGCAUCUCCGAACCUAUGUGAUACCCCAAGAUCUAUUGUCGCAUAGGAUGAACAUGAAUGAUAUGCGCGUCAACACAACCCUGGGCGGAAGGGAAGGAUACGCUUUCAUCACAGAUGCCAGCAAAAAUAGCUCACUGUUAGCAGUGGAUCUUGAAAAUGGUAGCGCGGUACGCAGACUGCUCAAUACGAGCGUCGUUCGAGCAGAUGAAAAGUAUGUCGGGUCAUAUGGUGGAGAGCUCAUCUACACUUGGAACGGUACACAGAAGGGUCAUCUCACGACGGCCGCAGAUGGGAUCGCUCUAGCAUUCGGCAACUUCUACUGGGGUGUGCUAGCCUCCCGGCGCUUCUACUACAUAUCACAGGAGGUUCUCGUUGAUCAAAAGUUGACAGAUGUCGAAGUCCUCGCCGCGGUACAGAAUCCAGGCCAAUGUGGUUCAGAACAAGCUGGCUUUACCGCUGACGAUCGAGGCCGAGUAUACAUCGCAGCAAGUGAACAGAAUGCUAUAUACUACGUCGACACACUGGAAUCCGAAGCUAAUAUGACAGUCAACGGCAACCCACCUGGAGGAUCUGGUCUUAUCCCACCGGAGGACUACGUGGUGAAGACGUUAGUGAGAAACGCGAUGAUUCAACAUGCUGAUUCCAUGGCUAUCUUGGACGGGUGGCUGUACUUCAACACGAACCAGCUUAUGCUGGGUCCUGGGUUCCAGUAUAAUAACACAGAUAAGAGGAAAGGUCCAUUCCGUAGCUUUCGAUUUUGGAUUGGAAGGGGACCAGCAGCGGCAUAG